AUGUAUUAUGCUCCGUGGAGUUUUCAUUCCCGACAAUUGAAACACCCGUUUGAAGUGGUGGCAUUAGUAUUACGGAAUCACAGAAAUAUACGGUUUGUAGCUGUUAACUGUUGGACAACUGCAGGAGAAUGCCGCGGUUUGUACAAAAUUUAUCAGUUCCCAUUGAUAGUUGCUUAUUCGUCUAGAGUUCAUACUGUCUAUCAAGGAGAGCACUCAGUGGACCAUAUUUACAGAUGGGUGGUAAAUGUAAGGAACCCCGUAAGUAUGAUUCAGUCGAAGGAGCAACUGGAGAAAAUGAAACGAGACUUCCACACCUUAGUAGUUGGCUAUUUCCCUUUCAAGGACAUGAUCACUCCUUCUGGAUACCGUGCUUUUGCUGCUGCUGGAAUGAUGCUACAAACUGGCAUAAUAGAAGACCAUUUCACAUGUCUCGCUGUUCUUACAAGUGAACGAAUAGCUCGGGAGAUUGGCAUGCGUUUCGAGGGCGACAUGAUUUUGUAUAGCCUUGACGGUACUUUUCUCUUUCAAUUCCAUUGA